CGGCGCGCGCCGCCUCAGUCACCAUCGAAACUCCGACCGCGUUUCACGGCUUCAGCCCCUGACAGCCGCCUCGCCAACCUCACUGAUACACAACAAAUCGCGAAAAAACACGCUGUAUCUAUAAAUAAUCUUAAAAGUGUUAUAUAUUACUAUAUAUUAUAACAAUCAAAUUGUGCGUUUGGACACAAAACGCGUGUGCAAGAACAUAAUAAAAUACGUUGUUGUGUCAUGUGAAUCUGUGUUGAUCCAACGGUUACAUUUGGCGGCUGUCUUCACAGGGUGUCUGCGAAAAUGAGUUAUACAAUAUGAAUAAUGGAAUGAAAUGACGACAAACAAGAAGUAACAUUACGGAGCUCACAACGGAAAACAGACACUACAUUUUCUUUAAUUAUGAAAAGUGUGGGAAACUCGAAGAUGAAAAACAGAGCACAUUAAAUGGAAAGCACAUGGAGUCGCGGAUACAGAUGAGCAACUGCCUGCCGACCAAACGACCGGAGGCCUACAGAAGCUGUUCGCAGUCUUUGCCCCUUGAUAUUCUAUGGUUGCCGCGGUCGUCGUUUCGGCCCGCGGAGGGCGAGCUGGCCGACUGCGUGCUGGUGGUGGGGGUGUCGCGGCCCAAGCUCGCCGCGGCCCUCCUCUCCGUCACGCUGCUCUCUCUGUUCCUCACCUUCCACGUGCUGUACGACAGCGCGCUCUACAGCAUACAAGCGGCGAGCAUGGCUUCAGCUGCCAGCGAGGGCCGCAAGAUAUUACAGAGUCAAGAGAGCGGCCGUUCAAUAAGCCACCCUAUGGCUUUGAGGAAAAGGUUGAAAGCCCCGCGCACUCCGAGGCCUGCCCGCCGUCUCCCCCAGGCCUUAAUAGUAGGAGUACGUAAAUGCGGGACACGUGCUCUGUUGGAAAUGCUGUACCUCCAUCCGAUGGUCCAGAAAGCGUCAGGCGAGGUCCACUUCUUUGACCGCGACGAGAACUAUGCCCUCGGAUUGGAGUGGUAUCGAAGCAAAAUGCCCCUUUCAUUCAAAGGGCAAAUAACUAUAGAGAAAAGCCCCAGCUACUUCGUUACCCCCGAGGUGCCAGAGAGAGUCCGCGCAAUGAACUCCUCAGUCAGACUCCUCCUCAUAGUCCGAGAGCCAGUGACUCGCGCGAUAUCCGACUACACUCAGCUACGUAGUCGAGCGACGCCGUCGGCCCCAGCGGUAUCGCUAGUCGGGCACCCACUGCCUGAUGCUGCGAAACCAUUCGAACAUCUCGCGUUAGCGCCGGAUGGUUCCAUCAAUAUCGCCUAUAGGCCAAUUGCCAUAUCUCUGUACCACGCGUACUUCCACCGCUGGCUGGAGGUGUUUCCCCGGGAACAGAUCCUGGUGGUCAACGGUGACCAGCUGAUAGAAGAUCCGGUGCCGCAGUUGCGAAGAAUCGAGAAGUUUCUAGGACUUGAGCAUAAAAUUGGAAGAAAAAACUUCUACUUCAACGAAACUAAAGGAUUCUACUGCUUGCGUAACGACACCACGGACAAGUGUUUGCGGGAAACAAAAGGGCGCAAGCACCCUCGAGUAGACCCCGCAGUCGUCACUAAAUUAAGGAAGUUUUUUGUACAGCACAACCAACGGUUCUACGAUCUAAUCGGAGAAGAUCUCGGCUGGCCCGAGGAUUGAGUUAACAGAAUCUGACUAGUUGACAGACUAAUCCAUCAACUGAUCUGCUGAAAAUGCAAUCUUAUGUGAUCAAAUACAUAUCAAAGUAAAUGAUACAUAUCAAAAAAAAUUAUCGUAGUGAAUAAGAUUUUUAAAAAUGUUUAUGUAUACAUUUUAGCGUAUUCUAGCUUAAGGUAAUUAUUUAAGAGAUUUACUAAUUAUUUAUUUACAUAAAGACGAGUGAUUAUUAUUAAUAUUGUAGACGAAUAAUUUUAAUGAUUCGAUGAAAAGAAUUUCACGUUAGCCAAUAAUUUUGUUAUAAUGUUUGUUUAAUUAUUCUGAUAAAUUCAGUUUUAAAUUACGGGCAGUGCGUAAGAAAGGGAACAAAAUGUAAAAAUUAAAUUGACAAAAUGAUUUAAAAAUUUAAUUCAACGGUUUUUUUUCUAGUAUUAUACAGACUAAAUAGAAUAAAAUGACAGGCGACGUACUGAUUUGAUAAACCGACCCACUGAAACCCUGAGCAAUAUAUUUUUUAUAUAUAACUAAGUAUUGUGUGCUAUCCUUAUACAAAGUUGGUUAGAUAUACAGAUAUGAAUUUUAAUAUUUGUGAUCGUUUUGUUUUUAAGAAACCAUUAAUUUUAGUGAAUUUAAGAAAAUAAUUUUUAAGUAACCCUUAAAUAUACCUAGCCGUGGAUGAAUGGUGUACAUUACAUUAUUAGCUUUCUCUUUUUAGAUGUAAUUUUCGGUCGUGCGAUGUGUCUUAAUGUGUUUUAUGUUCUUAGUGUUAGUGGAUGUGAUUUUUUCAAAUCUUAGGAGAGAUUUUUCAUAUUGUCCAGAUUCGAGAGUGCUAAUUUUAACGUAGUGAUAAUGUUGUUGAAAUGUCUUCUUUAGAAAUGAGCAGUUAGAACUAAUACGAAACGAAAUCUGUGUGUCUAUAUAUAUGUCUAUACUAUUUCCCUUUAUCCUAUUUGAAAACUUCUUUAAUGUGUGUGGGUUUCACGCUGUAGCAUGUUUUGAAAUUUUGAAUAUAAACACGCUGAUUUUAUUAAACAUUUUUAAAAAUUAAACAUUCGACGCGGGUUUUAGAAGUAUUUCUAUUUAAGUGUAACGUCCAAGACUGAAGAGUUAGUUGAAUAAGUCUAAGUGAUACCUAUUUAGCAUAAAAUGUCCAUAGGUAAGACGCGAGAUGGAAGAAAAGAGUCACAACCUAACCAAAUACCGGUGGGUUAGGGUCAAAGUACACUUGAUGACAUUUUGUCGCGAUUUUUAAAUCAAAUAAAUCUAAAGAAUAUAGAAAUAUCUUUCAACGUGAUAUUUGUAUAGUUUUCAGUUACACGAAUAAUAAAUAAAUUCGUAAUAUGUAUUACUUCAAGAUUGUUUGAGGUGUACAAAAUAGUUCACUGUAACUACCUACUUAGAAAUUACUAGGAUAGAUAUCCAUAAUACCUAAAACAUAUUGUAUUUAAUUUCAAAAAUUAAGUAUAGGCCCAAGGAACACAAUUUAUUUCAAUGUUUGAGUGUUACCAGAGUAAAGACUGUGGUGUUACAUAACAGGAGUGUCUUAUUACAGAAAUAAAGGGAUUUUCUUGAACUUUAAAAUGUUACUGACCUUAAGAAAGUGUAAUUUAAAAGUGUUAUAAAUCUCACUUGUCUGAGGAAGUUUUGACGGCCUCCUUAGUGCACUGGUUUGCGCGAUGGAUUUGCAAUACGGGGGCCCUGGGUUCGAUUCCUAGCUUGGUUUUCUUAAUUCAUCUGUUAGGUGGGAGGCUUCGGCCGUGGCUAGUUACCAUACUUUAAGAUAAUUUGUUCGUUUCUUGUGUAAGUAAAAUAAUAAAUUUCUUUUACAAGUAUUUUUUCUAACUAGUACAUCGCUCGUAAUAAUCAUAAAUUGAGCAUAAAAAAUAAAUGUCAAUAUCUUUUAAAUGUCGAUCCCAAAUUCGUCUGGAUGUUGCUAUAAAACACCACAAUCGAAAGUAGUCCGUUAGGUAAUAUGAAUGAAUCAAUGUGUGUAUUGGCCCUAACCCGAGUACAGAAGGCACUCACUAAACGCUUUAGCGGGUAAAAUUUUCAGUAGGAAUUUUGCUUCCUAAAUCCCGUUUUCACGAUCAACGAAUAUUUAUAUGUUUUGUAAUUCCGAAUUUUGUGAACGUACCUUAAGAGCACGCAUAAUACGAUACAAAUGUGAUUACAUGAUAGGUAACCUAAGAUAUCAUAGUAGUAUCUAACCUCGAGAAAACGCUGCGUUUUGAUGGUUACUGCUGAAGUUGAAGCUUUACCAAACUAUUCAGGCUUUACCAACAAUAUUUUCAGCAUGCGAGACGUGAGAAAAUAUUUUCUAUUAAAUAUGUAAAAUGUCUUUCCUCAUAGAAUAUGACGAGUUGUAGAAGUUCGUUAGCGAAAAAUAUAAAUUACAUAUAAAAUGGAGGUCGGUCAAAAGUAUUGAAUAUAAAAAAACAUUUAUUUCAAUUCAAUUAAGCUUUACAAGCACUUUUGAAACAUCAGGUUAUAUCAUUAUUUAUUGGUAAAAAUAAAAGUCGUAAAUAAAAUGAAAUUGAAUGAAAAUACACUUUAAUGUACACCACAAAGAAACAUACAAUACAAAAAAUUAAUAAACAAAAAUGCACAAUAGGCGACUUUAUCACUAAAAAGCGAUCUCUUCCAGGUAACCUAACGAAGAAACUAAUAAUAAAAAUUAUAAAGAUAUAGGCUAGGGUGUACAGAAGUAAUAUACAAAAGGAAAUAAAAUUCACGCAUAACAAAAGAAAAUAGUACCUAAUUAGUAUUAUUAAAUACUACUACUAAAAAUAUCAACAUAUAUAAUAUACAAUAAGAGUCGUAUUGUUCUAACAAAGAUGCUUUGAUUGUAACUCAUCCAAAUGGGGGAUUUGGCGCUAAUUGUUUAAAAUUUUGAACAUUAAAAUAAUAUCCAUGACGUAUAAGCUCAACUUCAGCAAGUAGCCUCCAACAAGAAUAUCAAGCAUAUCAAUUUUUAAUAUUUACAAUUAAGUUAUAAAUUAUAGUUAGAACUCUAGUUUAUAUUAAUUGAUUAUGAAACACGGCUAAAACUCACGUGAUAUUACGUCGGAGUAUGCCCGACUAGUUUCAACCCCUCUCCGCGCGCGCAAUGCGUGCAGCAGCGCGUCGCGCAGCCGCUUCGCAGUUUGGAUCGUGCCGCGAUGCAAGAACCAGCUCAUGACUAAGGGCCCCGUAUGGGUUCGAAACUAGUCGGGCAUACUCCGACGUAAUAUCACGUGAGUUUUAGCCGUGUUUCAUAAUCAAUUAAUAUGAAUAACACUCACGAUAGUUUAAAUUCUAAAACUCUAGUUUAUUUAGUUGUAUCUUUUAAACUAAGUCUUUAUUGGUUUAGAUCUAAUUAGUUGAUAGAUAAUUUUAAUCACUGUUAAAUGUUGUGCACAUUCAUAAGUAGUUUUAUCUAAUUAGGGCAAUAAUUUUUAUAUUUAAAUGAUUUAGAUACAUGACAACAAAAAUGUAUAUUUUCUCUAAAUUUGUUACGUUUAAUAAUCCAUCGAGAGGAUUUUAAUAUGUUUGAUUGUAGGUGUCUGUGGUGGUUUGAUGCGAUAUGAGUGAUUUUAGUAGAAGAUUCCAAUUAGAAUCAAUCAGCACCCAUCUGUUUAUUGGUUGAAAAGUGUUUUGAAUAAAGUCAGGUAUAGUCUGGUAUAUAAGGCUUAAUGAUAUUUUUAUUUCUCCAAACACAACGUACUAUUCUUAUAGUUUACAUGUAUUAUCAUUUUUGCAGAUAGCAUGCAUUAAUAUAACAAAAUUUUAAUUAGGAACAAGUUUUUAAUAAUGUACAUAAGUUAAUAUUCAAAGUUAUUUACAGAGUAAGUUGGCUUAAAAAAUCCUUAUCAAACUAUCAUAAUAGUUAGUAAUGGUUAGGUAGUAACAGUUAGGUCAUGUUUUAUAGAAAAUCAGUAAAAAUCGCAAUAUAUUUUUUAACAUACUAAAGGAGAUGGUCCAAAAUUGUAUGGAGCCCAGGAUUGUACCCUGGCGGAAAUAAAACUAACCAAGAAAUGCAACAUGGUAAUAAUGGCGGAUUGAUGACGUUUUCAAUGCAGUAGUCGAUUUGACGUUUGCUGUCAACUGUCAUUUCGUAGUUGCUUUAUGGGCGCCAUCUUGAUAUAACUCAAAGUAUAGUUAGAUUUAUUCACUUAUUUAGAUUUUAAUUAAAUCCUUGUAUUUUUUAAAUUUUAAUGAUUCGGGGUACAAGAGCGGAUCUGAGAUGGACCAUCUCCUUUAAGAUAAAACACUUUUAAUACAAUUAACAUAUAGGUGAAGGUUGUUCCUAAUGCGGAUAGCCCUUUCAUUCUGCACUAGAUCUUUUAUAAUAUAUUGUUAUUGAUAGUUUCCUACAUCAUAUUUUACGUCAUGUUCAAGUUUGAACGUAUAGCCCCAUUCACACGGCAGACCAGUUUUGCAGGACCGGCUUUUAACUGUCUCUUGCAAAACUGGACGCUGUAUUAAAUUGGCAGUUCAGUUUUGCAGGAUCCAGUAAAAAACCAUUUCUCCGCUUAAAAACAGAGUCCAGCAAAAAAACGCACGCAGGAAGCCGCGUGAACACUGCUGUUGAAAUAUAUGUGUAAUUAAACGGGAUCCCGCUUUUAACUGGACUACGGAUCCAGUUUCUAGUGACAAAACCGAAUGGCACAGUUCGACCGGAUCGGUUAUUAGCAGGAUCCCGCAUGCGGGAUGCUUCUAUGAACGCUAGCAUAUAAACAGAUUCGCCAUCAAAUGGGAUUCUGCAGAAAACGGGGUCCUGUCCUGGUCCUGGGCUGUCGUGUGAAAGGGGCGUUAUAGAACAAGAAUUCGCUUGCGUACUGCCGACAGCAGGCUAAGUAAAUAUAAUAAAUAGUCAAUGUGUUAUCGCUUAUAUAGUCCUCUAUCGCAUCUUACCUAUGAUGGAACACCACCCUAAAUCUCUCUUUGUUGAAGUAUAGAUAUAAUUUAUUAUUAUUAUCACCAUGUAUUUAUUCUAUAGUUUCGUUACCUAUGCACUAAAAAAAUUUUUAACAAAGUGUUUAUUACUUGAAUCUUCAUGUUACAUUUCCUUGUAAAUAUCUUCAGAAAUUUCUUUCUAUAAGUUAAUUGUACUUGUCUUCAAUAAAAUAAAUAAGAAA